UGUUGAACGUUUUCAGUCCGCCAGUUUGUUGUUUUGUAACCAGAUGUGCAUAAGGAGAGCAUGGUGUACUUCUACGAAUUUCAAGGCGCCCUCUCACAGAGGAAAAAUGGGAACCUGUGGACUGAACAAGCACAGUUAUUCCUCCGUUGACGGAAGGGCGAGCUUACAUCAAGAGGAUGGCGUCACUUUUUCCCUAAUCUUAAAGCCUUCAUGCCAUGGCAACCCGUGUCUGAACAAUGGGAUCUGUGUCCACGAUACUGCACAGCUUUCUUUCCACUGUGUUUGCAAGGCGGGAUUUGCUGGACCACGCUGCCAAGCUUGUACGUUCGAUUUCGAGAAUGGAAUAGAUGGAUGGGAAAAGACUGGCACAGCCUUCAAUAACCAGCCGACCUACGGUGACAACCCUACAGCUCGGAAACGGGGACAACCUGCCAAACAGCAAGGGGACUGGUGGAUUGGAGGAUUCGAGGACAGACCUUCCAAAGUUGCAUCCCCCGGGAAAGUUCAGGGAGACCGGCCACGUGGUACCCUCAUUUCUCCGUCGUUUAAAAUCAAUGGCCCCAAUAUCACCUUUCUGAUUGGUGGGGGUUGCAAAAUGAACAGCGCAAGAGCAGAGUUGGUCAUCAACAAUCAGGUGGUCAGAAUUAAGACCGGAAAUUGCAAUGAGUCAAUGCGUCUUAAAAGCUGGGAUGUUCAGAAUUUCAUCGGUCAAAGAGCCCGUGUCAGACUGGUAGAUAACAGCUCGGAAGGAUGGGGUCAUAUCAACUUUGAUCUUCUUGGAGGAGACAUAAGUUGUGAAGAGGACAAAAUUUAAUGCACGCUAAAACACUUUAAUAGAAUAAAGAAUCAAACAGUGGAACUAUUUUAUCACAAAGAUCCUUUCCAUUUUUCCAGCUUUGCACUUGGUUUUCGAUUUGGAUCAGCAGAUUGCAUCUACACAGGUUAUGAAAGUUCUUGGAAGGAUAGGGAGAAUUAAAGAUCAAAGUAUGAGCUUAGCUCUCAUGUAAACGUCGUAAAGUGACAAGGAAGAAGGCUAUAUUCCUCUUGAAUGAAAUACCGGUCGUUCAAAGGUAGCCAUUCCUAAGCGUUUCGUCGUGAUUCCUUGACAGUUUACUGAUAACUGCUUAUAAAUCUGACUGGGGGGUGGCAAUAUGGAAACAGUGUCGUGGUCUAGGGAACAAAACAAAAUCCAUCACGAGAGGUGGUCUCUCGCACAACCAUUGCUUAAGUCCGUUCCUCUAUAUCAGCUUUCGUGCGUGCAGUCAAUGACUGACUUUUUCUAUCCAAUAAUUGGAGAGAAGAAAAUGACUGCACUCGAACCACAUGGCCCAUUCAGCCUAACUGAAGAAAACAUAUUUUGUAACGUUUUGUUAGUUUCACAAGAGUAUGUAUAUUAGGUUGCAUAAAUUUAAUACUGCUGAAGUAUUUUAAGCGUUCUUGUAAGGCGUCUCAAGGGACUAGUACACUAUUUAAGGUUCGUUAAGUUAUGCAAGAACCAUUCGAGGCAUCUCUUUCAACCCUAGUUUUUUAUCUUACUUACUGUUGUAAUUUUCUCUGAGUUUGUAAAACUGUAAUGCUGUUUUUGUAACGCUUUACGCUCGCUGCAUCAAUAAACGAGAUGCCCGCUCCUAUUCUGUGUUUUGUGAUUAUUUAGAUUAGUUACAAAAUAUUUUAUAAUCGUUUCAGUGUCAUUAGAAUAUAAAUCGUGUUUCUCUAAUGCUCGUUUGUUUAUUGCUUCAGCGAAUAUCUUCAAGUUAGUGUGGUUGA